UCAUUUCGCGCCAAUUUUCUUGACAUUACUUGUCUUUCUUCCAUAUUUUUAUCUGCUUGACCUGUGUACUUACUUAAAUAAUAUUGAAUUCGGUUCAAUUUCAAUCUGGUUUCGCAUUUUAUUAAUCGUUUAGCACAAAUAUUGAAAAUGACUCUUUUUGAGAAUCGUCCUACAUUGAAAUUCUCACGAAUUAGCGACAACGCAUUCACUCCUACAAAAGGCUCUGAGAAGGCAGCUGGCUUAGAUAUGAAAAGUGCCUAUGAUUGUGUAGUACCAGCUCGUGGAAAAGCAUUAGUGAAGACAGACUUACAAAUUGAACUGCCACCUGGUUGUUACGGUCGUGUGGCUCCUCGUUCUGGUUUAGCUUUGAAGAACUGUAUCGAUGUUGGCGCUGGUGUCAUUGAUGAAGAUUAUCGUGGAAACAUUGGUGUAGUCUUAUUUAAUCAUUCAGAUGAAGAUUUCCAUGUAAAAAAAGGAGAUAGAAUUGCACAACUUAUUUGUGAGAAAAUAUUUUAUCCUACUGUAAUAGAAGUAAAAAAUUUAACAGAAACUAAGAGAGGUGAAGGUGGUUUUGGAUCAACUGGUACACAGUAAAAUCUAUCAUUUUGAACAUUCACACAAGUAACUGUUCCCAUUUUCCCAAAAAUGUUUCAAUUUUGCUAGAAUUUGGUAAACAAUAUUUGAAGAACUGAGCUAUUGUGAUAUAUGAAUAAAAUAGAUAAUAAUUUGUAGUUUUAGAAAACCAUUACAAAUGUACCAAUUUGUUUUGGUUGCAUUUUGUUACUAAUGAUCUGCAUAAUUUGUUAACCUCCUACUUUUUAUUUUCCUUACAACACUCCUGAUUGCAUUUUUUUUUUUUUUGUUAUGAAUAAUAUUAAAUAAAACAUUUAACCAUCCAA